GCCGCAGAGGCCAGCAUGGAUGUCUUCCACCUGCAGGGCAUGACCAUGUCUGUCAUGUCCCAGUUCAAUGUGCUCAGCAACACCAUGGACCAGAUGAGCAGCCGCACCACCCCCGCCAGCCCCUACACCCCGGAGCACGCCGCCAGCGUGCCCACCCACUCGCCCUACACCCAGCCUAGCUCCACCUUCGACGCCAUGUCGCCCGCCCCUGUCAUCCCCUCCAAUACCGACUACCCCGGCCCCCACCACUUCGAGGUCACCUUUCAGCAGUCCAGCACAGCCAAGUCAGCCACCUGGACGUACUCCCCACUGUUGAAGAAGCUGUACUGCCAGAUCGCCAAGACCUGCCCCAUCCAGAUGAAGGUGUCCACGCCCCCGCCACCCGGCACGGCCGUCCGAGCCAUGCCCGUCUACAAGAAGGCCGAGCACGUGACGGAGGUCGUGAAGCGCUGCCCCAAUCACGAGCUGGGGAGGGACUUCAACGAAGGACAGUCCGCCCCCGCCAGCCACCUCAUACGAGUGGAGGGCAACAACCUCUCGCAGUAUGUAGAUGACCCGGUCACUGGCAGGCAGAGCGUCAUGGUGCCAUACGAGCCCCCACAGGUGGGGACGGAGUUCACUACCAUCCUGUACAACUUCAUGUGCAACAGCAGCUGCGUGGGGGGCAUGAACCGGCGGCCCAUCCUCAUCAUCAUCACCUUGGAAACCCGGGAUGGACAGGUGCUGGGCCGCCGGUCCUUUGAGGGCCGGAUCUGUGCCUGCCCGGGCCGGGACCGCAAAGCGGAUGAGGAUCACUUCCGGGAGCAGCAGGCCCUGAACGAGAGCGCAGCCAAGAGUGGGGCAGCCAGCAAACGCACAUUCAAGCAGAGCCCCCCGGCCAUCCCCUCCCUGGGGGCCAGUGUGAAGAAGAGGCGGCAUGGGGACGAGGACAUGUACUACAUGCCCGUGCGGGGCCGGGAGAACUUUGAGAUCCUGAUGAAGAUCAAAGAGGGCCUGGAGCUGACGGAGCUGGUGCCCCAGCAGCUGGUGGACUCCUACCGGCAGCAGCAGCAGCAGCUCCUGCAGAGGCCAACCCACCUGCAGCCCCCCGCCUACGGGCCCAUCCUAUCGCCCAUGGGCAAAGGCCACGGUGGUGCCAGCAAGCUGCCUUCCGUCAACCAGCUGGUGGGCCAGCCUUCCCCGCAUGGCUCUGCAGCCGGGCCCAGCCUAGGGCCUGUGGGCCCCGGGAUACUCAACAGCCACGGUCACCCAAUGACGUCCAACAGCGAGAUGAAUGGCGCCCACAGCUCGCAGCCCAUGGUCUCGGGGUCCCACUGCACCCCACCACCCCCCUACCACGCUGACCCCAGCCUCGUUAGUUUCCUAACAGGCUUGGGGUGCCCCAACUGCAUCGAGUGUUUCACCUCCCAGGGCUUGCAGAGCGUGUAUCACCUGCAGAACCUCACCAUCGAGGACCUGGGGGCCCUGAAGAUCCCGGACCAGUACCGCAUGACCAUCUGGCGUGGCCUCCAGGACCUGAAGCAGGGCCACGACUACAGUGGGGCUCAGCAGCUGAUCCGCACCAGCAGCAAUGCUGCCACCACGCUGGCGGUGGGCAGCACGGGCGAGCUGCAGCGGCAGCGGGUCAUGGAGGCUGUGCACUUCCGCGUGCGCCACACCAUCACCAUCCCUGGGCGCUCUGGGCCCUCCGGCCCCGACGACUGGGCCGACUUCGGCUUCGACAUGCCGGACUGCAAGGUCCGCAACAGACAGGCCAUCAAGGAGGAACUCACUGAGGGUGAGAUCCACUGA